AUGAAGGAGCAACGAAAUGAUCUCCCUGAAAUACCAUUUGCGAAGUACGAGUCUUUCUCUAUGGGGUGUUCGGACUUGAUCAAGAGGUAUGAAGGAGGGGGUAUCUCAGACGUAGAGCUGAACGAGGGAGGGAUCAACAGAGGUUGGGAAUGGAUGGAAGAUGGAUCGAUACCUGAUCAAGGAUAUUUAUAUAGAAGAGUCAGUCGAUAUAUUCGUUAUGAUAUCGAGGGGGAGCGACAUUCAGAGGUAAAGUCGUCCUCGAUAGAACCCGAACAAGAUAAAGACGAAGAAGAAUUAUCGCAAGUCGUAGAGGACGAACAGUUGGAAGAAGGUAUUGAAGAUGAAGCAAUCGCCAAAUCACCGAUCUCUUUAAAAUCCACCACUCAGACCGAAAGUGAUAUCAAAGACCAAACAGAAGGAAAAACACUCAAUGAUAUCAAUCACAAUGUUGGUCAACAAUUACAAAGAAUUGAUAUGGAGCAAUAUAUAAUCUAUUCAAAAACGUAUAAAUCUCCCGAAUUCGUCUUUAGAGCUUUUGACAAUACUGGAGCACUAUUAUCUGUUGAUCAAUUGCUUUCAUCCAAAUUCUUACGUCCAAUCGAAACUUCUCCAACACAAUCUUCAAAUUCAAAUUCAGAUUCAAAUUCAAAUUCAAAUUCCACAUCGACAUCGACAUCGACAUCGACAGGAUCUCAACUCCCAAUGAUACAAUCUACGCGACUUCCUUCGACUGGUGAAUUACUGUUAGGUAUCCAUCCCUAUAGACUCAGCGAAGCGGUCGAACAGAUCUUGCAGAAUGCCACACCGUCCACCGGCUCAGAAAGCCAUUGGUUGGAAUGCUGGUUAGUGCUUACGAAUAACGUUGUCGAUUUAUCUUAUCCAUAA